AUGGGGAAGGCAAGCAAGAAACGUAGGAUAGCAGCCCCAGAGGCGCCAGACAUAGAAAGAAAAAGGGCCAGACGACCUGUCAUUGAAGAGACGGCAAGAAUGCUCAUCGACUUUCAAGCCAACAAGUCAUCACAAAAGCUUUCCCAUGAGGAAACUUAUGGUGGCUUUGGAGCUGUAUUGAAGGAAAAGCAGCGUAUAUACCCAUGGUUGACAAUGUCGAUGGUGACAGGCAAGAAGACAAGAAUCCUUAAACAAGAAGAAAAGAAGGCUGCGGCAACGAUGCAGCAACAAGAGCAGCAUGCCAAGGAAGGGGGUAGCAAGAAGGGGUCAACCGAGGAGGAAGCGAAUAAGGAUGUGGCUCAGAAGAAAGCUGAGGCAAAGGUCAUGCUCACAGAGCGCUAUGCCAAAGCUAAGGCUGCCAGUGCAAAACGUCUACCUAAAGGCACUUAUCAAAAGCUACACGAUGGUCUAUUGGAAGAGCUAGGUCUUCGUGGCAUCGGUUUCUCGAUUCCAAAGACCACCAUCGAGGAUCGAGUGCGGAACAAAACAACUGCAACGAACCCAGGGCCUGUUUCGCCAGCAGCUGCAAUUGAACCGUACAUCCUAACCAUUUUACACUAUAGCAAAGAGGCUGGAAAAUCAUUGACAGAACAAGAAAUCAUUGCUUUUGCCAAUUCCUCCAUUGAAGGAUCAAAAGUUGAAGACUCGCUGAAAGCCUUUCACGCUAGGAAUGGAGUUCAGCCAAGACAGUUGCUGGGCAAAAGAUGGUACAAUGGUUUCAUGAAAAGAAACAAAGAAAUCUUGAACUCUGGCAAAAUUAGCAGUUCGAUAACAGGACCAAUUAUUGCUUACAUCAUGGCAAACGCAGCGACGAUCGAGGCGGGUGCAGCGAAUGCAAGAUCAGUAGUGACGAAUUCUGAAGUUGAGGAAAAAUAA